AUGGAAGGACUGGACGAGGUGUCGGCGCGGGAGCAGCACUUCCACAGCCAAGUGCGGGAGUCCACGAUAUGUUUCCUUCUUUUUGCCAUUCUCUACAUCGUAUCCUACUUCAUCAUCACAAGAUACAAGAGGAAAUCAGAUGAACAAGAAGAUGAAGAUGCCAUAGUCAACAGGAUUUCGUUGUUUCUGUGCACGUUCACACUCGCAGUGUCCGCGGGGGCUGUGCUGCUCUUACCCUUCUCCAUCAUCAGCAAUGAAAUCCUCCUUUCCUUUCCUCACAGCUACUACAUUCAGUGGCUCAAUGGCUCCCUGAUCCAUGGUCUGUGGAACCUCGCUUCUCUUUUCUCCAACCUUUGUUUGUUUGUCUUGAUGCCCUUUGCCUUUUUCUUUCUGGAAUCAGAAGGUUUUGCUGGCCUGAAAAAGGGACUCCGAGCCCGAAUCUUGGAGACGCUGGUCAUGCUUCUGCUCCUGGCGCUGCUGAUCCUGGGGAUGGUGUGGGUGGCCUCAGCGCUCGUGGACGAGGAUGCGGCGAGCAGGGAGUCUCUGUACGAUCUCUGGGAGUUCUAUCUGCCCUACUUGUACUCCUGUGUAUCACUCAUGGGAUGUCUGCUGCUGCUCUUGUGCACCCCGGUCGGCCUGUCCCGCAUGUUCGCCAUCAUGGGCCAGCUGCUGGUGAAGCCGGCGAUCCUGGAGGACCUGGACGAGCAGGUGUACAUCGUUGCCCUCGAGGAGGAGGCGCUGCAGAGACGGCUCACCGGACUGACUUCAUCCGUGGACUACAAUGUAAUGGAGCUGGAACAAGAACUUGAAAAUGUAAAGAUUUUUAAGACAAAAUUAGAGAGGCGAAAGAAGGCAUCGGCUUGGGAACGAAAUUUGGUGUAUCCUGCGGUCAUGGUUCUCCUUCUCAUUAAGACGUCCAUCUCGGUCAUCCUGGUGGCUUGUAAUAUCCUUUGCCUGUUGGUUGAUGAAACAGCAAUGCCAAAGGGAACAAGGGGGCCUGGGAUAGGAAAUGCCUCUCUCUCUGCUUUUGGUUUUGUGGGAGCGGCACUUGAAAUCAUUUUGAUUUUCUAUCUGAUGGUGUCCUCUGUCGUCGGUUUCUAUAGCCUCCGCUUUUUUGGAGACUUUAUUCCCAAGAAGGAUGACACGACCAUGACAAAGAUCAUCGGGAACUGCGUGUCGCUCCUGGUCCUGAGCUCGGCUCUGCCUGUGAUGUCCAGAACCCUGGGAAUCACUAGAUUCGAUCUCCUGGGAGACUUCGGAAGGUUUAACUGGCUGGGAAAUUUCUACAUUGUGUUAUCCUACAAUCUGCUUUUCGCGGUGGUGACCACACUGUGUCUGGUCAGAAAAUUCACCUCCGCGGUCCGGGAAGAGCUCCUCAAGGCCCUAGGGCUCCAUAAGCUGCACUUAUCCGGGGCGCCCCGGGAGUCGGACGCCGCCAAGCCGUCCGCCGCCAAGCCGUCUGCCAACGGGCACCAGAAGGUCCUGUGA